AUGUCUAAAAAGUGUUCAGCAUUGUUUGGUUAUGCAGUUGAGAAAGGUAACAUCAAGAAUUGUAUCAAAACAUUGAAAGCAAGUAUAAGGCAAGGAAAUGAGAUUGCUAAGAAGGGACUUGUCAUUAUGAUGCAAGGAUAUGAGAUUGCUAAGGAGGGACUUGCUAUCAUGGAGAGAGGACAUCCAUGUUGUUACUCUGAGGAUGAAGUAUUUUCUGAAUUGAAUAUUGACUCUAGUGACUUAGACCAAUCCACUUCUGUGACAAUUGAGCCUGCUUCUAUUCCUGCAUCUCAUGUUGAUUCCCAAGCCACUCCUUCUCAUGUUGAUUCCCAAGCCAUUCCUUCUAGUGCUUCACUUGAUGUUCAAUCUGCUGUUGCUCAGCCUAAUGCACCACCUCAGGUUCUUAGAAGGUCUACCAGGGUUUCACACAAACCUUCUUAUCUACAAUCUUAUCAUUGCAAUCAAGUCAUCAAUUCAUUUGCACAUACUAUUCCAUCAAUUCCUAAGAAAGUGGCUACUGUGAAAGGGUGGCACCUAUCUCAACUUGAUGUGAACAAUGCCUUUUUGCAUGGAGAUCUUGAAGAAGAGGUUUACAUGGUUUUGCCACCAGGAUUUCACAGCAAGGGGUCUUCUGCAGAAUCAGAAUACAAGGCAAUGACUGUGGCAUUGUGUGAGAUUGUAUGGUUGUUAAGCUUUCUCAGAGAUAUUCAAGUGCCUCAUCCUAAAGCAGCUUUGCUCUUCAGUGACAGUCAAGCAGCAUUGCAUAUUGGGGCCAAUCCUGUUUUUUAUGAGAGGACAAAACACAUUGAGAUAGAUUAUCAUAUUGUUAGGGAUAAAGUACAGGCCAAAGUGAUAAGGUUAUUGCAUGUUAGAAGCAAGUCUCAAGUGGGAGAUCUUUUAACAAAGGCGUUAGAGUCACAACAAUUUUCUUCUCUAUUGGGCAAGAUGAACAUGGUGAAUGCACAUCCCCCUCUUCCUCUUGAGAGGGAGAAUCAGAAGGGUCAGGUUGAUAAAAGUAAGUCUGAGCAGUUGAAGUUAAGUUAG